UGUUGUUGCCUGGAGUUCGCAGGAAGACGUCAUGUGACUCUCCUUAACGCGAGCAGAAACAUUCUAGAGUUCAGGAUUUACAAUAAACAGGAUUUAUUUUAAACUUCUAUAUUUUAGAGGUCUGUACAAGCGGAAGUGAGCUCGAGCUGCAAUGGGGUGUUGUUACAGCAAUGAGAGUGAAACACCAGAGCAGGAUGGAGACGAGCGCAAGCCACUGAUCCCGCACCCAAACCCGGACAGCAAACCGCCAAACGGGACGGAGCGGAACCCGGCCAACAUCUCGUCCACACGCACAGAUGAGCAGGCUCUGCUGUCAAUCAUCAACAAGACCGCACAGAACAUUAUUGAUGUUUCGGCUGCAGACUCACAGGGAAUGGAGCAACAUGAGUACAUGGACAAAGCCAGGCAAUACAGCACGAAGCUGGCGUUGUUGAGCAGUACGCUGAGUCAGAAGAAGCCGCCUCCUCUGCCCUCCCUCACCUCCCAACCUCACCAAGUGCUUGCCAGUGACCUAGUGCCCAACUCUGACAUCCAGCAGGUGUGUAAGGUGGCGGCAUACGCCUACAGUGCCAUCUCACAGAUCAAGGUGGACGCCAAAGAAGAGCUGGUGGUGCAGUUUGCUAUCCCAUGAUCCUCCUCUCCCAUGACCUCUUCCCACCCUCCCAAACUCUUUCCUCAUGCCCCUCUUUUUUUUAGCUAACUACUCAAACAGAGAUGAUAAGCCCCGCCUCUCGCUCGUCCCUCAUUCAAUCCGACACGCCUCCUCUGAACGCCGAAAGCUAGUUUGGUUCUCAGUCAUCCAAUCAGAGGUUUAGCAUUAAUGCUAAAGGUCAACAGUGACACCUUUGCAUUCCAGUGUGUCAGGGUUUAUCGCAGUUAGAACCGUGAUCUUUCCCUCCGUCAUGACGACGGCUCUGUCCGAGUCUUCGUUCCUCUCGACACUUUGUGCACGAACGCUGAAAGCCGGAGAACAGAUCUGUGCUGACAUUUUGUUCCAGUUCUUUAUGACUCUUUGUAUAUAAAAGGCCGACGCUCUAAACUUAAUCCUCAGCUGUAUCGCCUUGUCCAAUCAGAUGCAUCCCUAAAGCUAAAAGUUUAGCAUUUAAUAUCCCAGAUGUGAUCCACAGCUGCUUCUCCAUUAACUUUUACAAAAAAAAAAAAACCCACUAAAGGUCUAAAGCACUGACGGUUUGUUUGGUCGUGUGUCGUGACGGUUGCCGUUCGAGCGUAUUUUCUUUCCUGAAAAGCCGAACUCUAUUUGUUUUGUAUAACUGAUGUCCUUUCCUUGGCUUUAGUGCUUUAUUUUAUUUUUUUUAUUUUGUUCACCUCCCAGUUUUCACGCACAUCCCCUGCCACAUGUCAUCGACGAAGCAGAGAAGGCGAAGGAUAAAACGAGCACCGCGCACACGCACAAAAGUGCGGUUCACUCGCUCUUUCGUGCACUUGAGCUCACAGACACCCCCUGAUUGUCUGGUGUCAGGUGAGAUUGGGAUUUGACCUCGUGAGCUCCUAAUAAUAUGCUAAACAUUUUUCUGUUGCUGCUCAGGAACUUUUUACAGAGCUUUAGAAUGUUCUAAUCACUCCAGCUUAAUUAGCAUAUUCUAAUAGUCUGUGAAUAUUUAUUUUUAAGUCUCAACCGGUGUCAAGGGUUUUGUCUCUUAAACCCCAGUAAUGUGCAUUUUUUGAAUAUUCAUGAGUCAGAACUGAUGAUAAUUGGGCCAUGCAUUAUAGAUUUUACACGAAUGGAAAGGAGGAACUAAGAGAGGGCGGAGUCUUUUUGUAACGGAUGUUAAUUAGUUCGGACGGAGAGGGGAAAGCUGAUUGGAUCGUGUUUUUUGGAUCAUGCCUUCAUUAGCAUAUUCCAGAAGAGAACUGGAGCAGAUGGAGAUGGAGCCUUUUCUCUGAGGAUGAUUUGCAGCAAUGAUUUUUUUUUUAAAUCUUCUUUCGAGCGUUUGCCAAUUUCCUGAUGUUUAUGAGUUUAUUCUUAAUAAGUUAUAGUAAAACUCUUGAACAGCAGAGAGGAGGUGGGGAGUCUUUUCCGGAGAGAGGGGGCGGGGCUAAAACCGGCUAUUUGAUGUACAUGAUUUUCGGCAUGUAUAUGCCUUUAACGUGUGUGUGUGUGUGUGUGUGUGUGUGUGUGUGUGUGUGUGUGUGUGUGUGUGUGUGUGUGUGUGUGGAGGGAGAAGCUUUGAUCAGCCGAUAUCGUUACGCACGUGCCAAUAAUCUGAUCUAAUAUUGCGGUAAAAUUUUAUCAAAUCAUUUGGCUGCACAUACGAUUCAGUACAUGACUCAUUAUGCUUUGUACUUCUCCAUGGAAUCACGGAUAACCACGUGAAAUUCAGUGUUCUAUCUCAUGGUAUUUUAUUAAAGAUUACUGGCACGUGCGCAAACCCCAUGAAGUACAUCACUGACUGUUGGACGUCCUUUCCAUAAUCACAAUUAUUUAUUUUUUUCUUUUAAUGUAUUUAUGUGGGCUGACACACACACGCGCGUGUGUGUGUAUACACGUUCACCAUGUCACGAAAGGGACUGAACACACUGUAGCAGUUGUGUGUGUGUGUGUUUUUUGCUUUGUUGCUCUUGGCUUUCUUUUGUUCUGUUCAUGCAUCUCACAGCGUUGGUUUCUGUAGCCUAGAACCAAAUUGUUUGAUUUCAAUACUGUUAAUACCUGCAUUUAUUUUGUUGUUGAAAAGAAGCAUUAAAGACUUGUAUAAAGAAA